UGGGCAGUUCCAACUGAUCGAAUCAACCGACAAUCACCUCGAUAUCGCCCCAACAGUCGCAGCAAUGGCGAAUCUGCUGGACUCGAUCCUCAACUCAGACGCAUAUGGCGCCGCGCCGUCCUCGCCACGGCGCACGCCGCAAGAUCUCCCUUCCUCGUCCCGCGGCCGUCCUGUCCCCUCCGAAAGCAAUGGAAUCCCUUCAGAAGCCGACAUUUUUCCUGACGAUGAGAUUGUAGGAGCAGCCCGGGGAAGAAGCAGAAAUCCACUGGAUCGGAAUGUAUCGCAAGUUGUAGACCGCGCCGGAGAAAGAGUUCAACAGGCCUUUGAGGAUUUCCUCGAGUCCCACAAUGAAGAGCCAUCCUCGUCGGCGUUACCGCCCUCAAGCGAACUCAAAACAGACAAAUACUACAUCAACCAGAUUCAUGGCCUACGAGAAUUCCAGCUUUCCACACUAUACGUCGACUAUCGGCACCUCCUGUCGUACAAGGAGGGACCCGUCCUGGCGGACGCGAUUGCAAGCCAGUACUACCGAUUCCUCCCAUUUCUGACAAAAGCACUGCAUAAUCUCCUUGCAAAAUAUGAGCCUGUGUACUUCAGGGACCAUCGCCAGAUGACCAGCAAUGCAUCUCAAGCUGGCACUUCAAUGGCCGGAAAUGCAAGCAGCGAGGGAAUCAGUCAGGGUGACAAGACUGUCAACCAACAAACAGACAAGAUGUUCACAAUAGCGUUCUAUAACCUCCCUGUGGUGUCUCGAGUGCGGCAGCUCCGGACGGAUCAGAUAGGCAAAUUGCUGUCUGUCUCUGGAACCGUGACGAGAACAUCAGAAGUCCGUCCAGAGCUGGCUCUGGGGACUUUCAUAUGUGAGGCGUGCAACACGACGGUUCCCAACGUCGAGCAAACAUUCCGAUACACAGAACCGAAUGUCUGCCCCAACUUGACCUGCGGCAACAAGACGGCCUGGAGAUUGGACAUUCGUAACAGUACCUUUGUGGACUGGCAACGAUGUCGAAUCCAAGAAAACAGCUCAGAAAUUCCGACAGGCAGCAUGCCGCGGACGAUGGAUGUCAUUCUUCGAGGAGAGCAGGUUGAGCGGACCAAGCCUGGCGAGAAGUGUAUUUUCACCGGUACCUUGAUUGUGGUCCCGGACGUUUCCCAGCUCGGUCUUCCCGGCGUACGACCAGAGGCAUCCAAGGACAACAGAAACUUCCGUGGCGCGGACGUCGGAGGAUCUGGCGUGACAGGUCUCAAAGCGCUGGGCGUUCGAGAUCUCACCUACCGCAUGGCAUUCUUAGCAUGCUUCUCAUGCCCUGACACCACCACGCCAGGCCAACCGGCGGACCAGCUGAACGGCCAGUCGACCAACAUUCUCAACUCGCUCCAGCAGGUCGAUCUGUUUGACCAGUACGAUAGCGGAGAGCGAGCGCAGGAGGCAUACCUCGAGACACUGACACCUGCCGAGAUCGAGGACCUGAAAUAUAUGGUCCACACGGACAAGAUCUACAGCCGACUAGUCCAAAGUCUUGCCCCGAUGGUCUACGGACACGAAGUGGUCAAGAAAGGUCUAUUGCUGCAACUGCUCGGUGGUGUUUCCAAGAUGACACCAGAGGGGAUGCCUCUGAGAGGCGACAUCAACAUCUGCAUUGUGGGCGACCCGUCGACGUCCAAAUCCCAGUUCCUGAAGUACAUUGCCUCGUUCUUGCCACGAGCCAUCUACACGUCGGGCAAGGCGUCGAGCGCUGCAGGUCUCACAGCAGCGGUGGUGAAGGACGAAGAGACAGGAGAACACACAAUCGAGGCGGGUGCGCUCAUGUUGUCCGACUCCGGGACGUGCUGCAUCGACGAGUUCGACAAAAUGGACAUCAGCGACCAAGUGGCCAUCCACGAAGCCAUGGAACAACAAACCAUCUCCAUUGCAAAGGCCGGCAUCCACGCCACUCUGAACGCACGCACGAGCAUCCUGGCCGCUGCCAACCCCAUCGGCGGCAGAUACAACCGCAAAGCCACGCUACGGGCGAACAUCAACAUGUCUGCCCCGAUCAUGUCUCGAUUCGAUUUGUUUUUUGUGAUCCUGGACGAGUGCAACGAGAACGUCGACCGCCAUCUGGCCGACCACAUCGUCAACCUGCACAUGCUAAAGGACGAUUUCGUCCAGCCCGAGUUUUCGACGGAACAGCUACAACGAUACAUCCGCUUUGCGCGGACUUUCAAGCCCAAAUUCUCGCCCGAGGCCAAGUCCCUCCUGGUGGAGAAGUACAAGGAACUCCGGGCCAACGACGCCGGCGGCCUCGGCAGGAACAGCUACCGCAUCACGGUGCGGCAGCUGGAGUCGCUGAUCCGGCUCAGCGAGGCCAUUGCCAAAGCCAACUGUGUCGAAGACAUUACCGAGUCCAUGGUCCUCGAGGCAUUCGAUCUCUUGCGCCAGUCAAUCAUCACCGUGGAAAAGGAUGAUGUGGAAGUCGACGGCGACGAAGAAGAAGAAGAAGACGCCGCGCAACAACCACACCAGGACGGCGACAGCCCCAUGGCCGACGCUGCGCACGGAGAUGAGGCCGGACCAGCAGCAGCAGCAGCCGACAACACCAGCGGGGCGGCGGCACCGCACCGUCCUCCCACCAAGAUUACAUUUGAAAAGUACCACCAGAUCCAAAACAUGCUCGCCUCGCGCAUCCGCGACCUCGAAGACAGUACCGGCGAAGGACCGGAGCACAACGAGCUGCUCCUCUGGUACCUCGAGCAGAUCGAGGACACGAUCAACAACGAGGAGGAACUCCACGCGGAGAGAUCGUUGGCCAAGAAGGUCCUAAAGAGAAUGGUCAAGGACAACGUGAUCAUCGCCAUCCGGGGCCAAGGCCUUGUCGAAGACGACGACGAGAACGAUGGUGACCAUCCCUCCUCUGCCGCCACGGGCCAAAGAGUCACUUACGCUUUGCAUCCCAACUGCGGCAUUUUCGACGAGGCUUGAGCGUGUCUUGUCUGAACAAGUCAUAUCGUGUACGACCACCACUGCAGCUUCUGAGUGGGACUUACUAUGGGCUGCAAGCUCGGGGUCUUGGGAGGAGCAAGAAUCGGUUCUUCGUGAUGCAUGGGCACACAUUGAAGGACGGGCAAAUGGCGUUUGGGCGUGGAACGAGUACGAGUACGGGGACCGUAUGAAUAUUGAUGUAUGCAACGUUGUUGCCCGAUGGGGGCCGAAUGAUGGGCUUUUACGACCAGACGUCAUGUUAUGGGUUCAAGUUGCUAGAGUUAUAAUAAGCAACACGUUUCUAUUGUCUUUCCACCCCUGGCAAUGGUGGACUUUAACAGAGUCUCCUCCAUUUUCUGGAGCAAUGCUCGGAAACCUCCGCUCGCUCUGGUGCGUCAACAGGGCUUUUUGAACGGUGCAGAGACGGUUACGAGCUCGUGUGAACACCUACCACGUACUAGUAGUUGACAUUCGAUAUUGGGGUCUCGGCUGUGGGAAAACGUACGAAAUAUAAGUAUAACCACUAAAUACGAGUUGCGCCCCAUACCCAG